AGAAAGGGGACCUCUCCAGUACUAAAAAAUUGGUGGCCCAUCGCACUGAUCAACACUAACGCAAAAGUGUUUACUCGUAUACUGAAUGCCCAAAUUAUCCAUACUUCAAACUCUUUCAAUCACUACAAAACUGGUUUUGUGAAGGGACAGUUCAUAGUUGACAGUGAGAUCAUGACUCGCAUGGCUAUAGAAUACACCCAAAACACUUCUGAUACCUCAAUUGGUCUGAUGGUUGACCAAGAAAUAUCAUAUGAUCGUGUACGCCCCGAGUAU